UGCCGAUGUUCAGCUCGCCUGCUCCUCGCGCCUCACGUCUUAGCUGACAAUUUGGUUGCCAGCCUGAUAUCGAAUCGUGCGCAUUUGGCGUUUGAUAAGCUUAAAGGUCUUGAUGUGUUUCCGACGAGAUUGUGUUCAGACAUUUCACCAUAAGAUCUUGGACUUGGGUAAGUCGUGUGUUUUGAACGUCGACCGGUCACUCCUUACUUUUUUGUUUUCGAGCCCAUCUUUCUUUGCGAGAAGAGUUCAAAAGGUAUGAGGCGGCGCCCUGGUCAAUCCGGAGCUUGUACAACUUCAAUACGUCCUCGGUUGGCCAUUAUUGCCACCUCUCCUGACCCACAGCUCCACCUAGCUCAGAGCACAAGGCCAUUAGCCAUGGAGGAGAACGGCGGUGUGCGGCACUGGAACGCCGACGUGAACGGCGUGUCCCUCCACGUGGCCGAGCAGGGCCCCGCCGCCGGCCCGGCGGUGCUCCUCCUGCACGGCUUCCCGGAGCUCUGGAUGUCAUGGCGCCACCAGAUGGCCGCCCUCGCCGCACGCGGCUACCGCGCCUUGGCCCCCGACCUCCGCGGCUUCGGCGACUCCAGCGCCCCAGCUGACCCUGCCGCCUACACCGUCCUCCACGUCGUCGGCGACCUCGUCGCGCUCCUCGACCAUCUUCGCCUCACCAAGGUGGUGGUGGUGGGGCACGACUUGGGAGCGCAGGCGGCGUGGCAUCUGUGCCUGUUCCGGCCGGACCGGGUGCGCGCCGUCGUCGCGCUGGGGGUGCCGUACUUCCCACGCUCACCUCGACCCGUGACGGAGAUGUUCGCGGCGCGCGGCGAUGGCUUCUACAUCACGCAGUACCAGGAACCCGGAAGAGCGGAAAGGGCAUUCGAUCGGUACGACGCUGCAACCGUCCUAAAGAAGUUCUACUCCAUCGAAUUAGACGACCUCACUGCUCCUCCUGGAGUGGAGAUAAUAGACUUUUUGGAGGCAUCAUCAUCCCCACUUCCUUGGAUGACCGAAGAACUGUGUCGGUACGCCGAGAAGUUUCAAAAGUCUGGUUUCACUGGACCACUCAACUACUACCGCGUGAUGGACACGAACUGGAUGCUAACCGCGCCAUGGCAUGGCGCAAAGAUCACGGUGCCUGCAAAGUUUAUCGGGGGCGAGAAGGACACCGGUGUCGAGUCCUUUGGGAUCAAACACUAUAUCGAGAGCGGAGCCUUCAAGUUGAGUGUCCCAGACUUGGAAGUUGCCAUCAUCGAAGGUCACCAUUACCUCCAGCAAGAGCAGGCUGAGAGGGUGAACUCUGAGAUAUUGUCCUUCCUGGACAAGUUUUUUGGGGAGGAGACGCCAAAAUAACCUUACUGAGAAAUGAGCAACAUAUGGUCUACCAGCUGGCUUUCGAUAUGUAAUGAGAUACUUUUCAUGAUUUGAAAAACUGAAAAUUUCAUACAACUAUGUACUCAAAUAAAACUUGAACUGGCAAAGGUCAAGGCAAUGAAAAGUGGUACGUAAGCAGCGCAAGGCAGCAAUCGAAGAAGAUAAGUUUUGAAUC